CUAGUCAUUGACUCUGGGCGUUCCAGACUGACUUCUGGGUUCCCAGCUGGGCUCCGGGCCCUAAGGAUGAGAUUCGGGGUUUCCCAUGAUUAUAGGGAGUUGUGGGGGGUUUGUGGGUCCUUUGGUGAUAAAUGAGGCCUCGGGUGUUGGCACUUGAUCCCUGGGGCGAUAUUUGGGGAUCACUGAUGUAAGCAGUCUCUGAAGAUCACUCAGGCUGCAGACUCAAGCUGUCGGGGCGGAAAUUUAGGGGUCUAAGAGGUGGCUUGGAUUUUGGAGUUCCAGAGCCCCGAAAUCUUGGGAGCUGACGCUGGGUGGGUUGAGGCUGGGGAUGUCUCCCCCGCCCCCAGCCCUGGGCUGCUUUUCUUGGGUCUCUGCUGGAUCGAUCGUGACCCUGUCCCUGUCCCUGGGCGGAGCGGCCUCGCAGGGCAAAGAUAGAGCUGAGAUCGCCUGGCCCCUUUGCUUGACGCAGCAUGGACGAGAGUGGAGACCCGGGAGGCUUGGUGAAGGUGGUCCAUCUGCUGCUCCUGUCGGGUGCCUGGGGCAUGCAGAUGUGGGUGACCUUCGCCUCAGGCUUCCUGCUUUUCCGAAACCUUCCCCGGCACACCUUCGGCCUGGUACAAAGCAAACUCUUCCCUUUCUACUUCCACAUCUCCAUGGGCUGUGCCUUUAUCAACCUCUGCACUGCAGCUUCCCAACGCGCCUGGGUUCAGUUUACGUUCUGGGAGGCCAGCCAGUGCUGCCUCCUGCUUCUGAGCCUUGUGCUGGCUGCCGUCAACGCCCGCUGGCUGGAGCCUCGCACCACCGCUGCCAUGUGGGCUCUGCAGAGUGUGGAGAAGGAGCAUGGCCUGGGUGGGGAGGUGCCGGGCAGCCUGCAGGGCCCUGACCCCUACCGCCAGCUGCGGGACAAGGACCCCAAGUACAGUGCUCUCCGCCAGAACUUCUUCCGCUACCAUGGCCUUUCCUCGCUAUGCAACCUAGGCUGCGUCCUGACCAACGGACUCUGCCUGGCCAACCUGGCCCUGGGUCUCCGGAGCCUCUAGUGUGGGGCUGCAUGCCAAUAAAUGCUUCCUCGGAAAUGGC